CCGUGUGUGACGAAGGGGGUAGGGGGGAAACGUCACGCAGAGCAACAGCCAAUCGGAGAGCAGCCGUUUGGAUUUAUGCCAGGGUCUUUUUGGCUUGUAAGACUUUCGGACAGGUGACCAGGGCCAGUUUUUUUUCCUCCCCCCUCACAAAAAAAUUGAAGGUCUGCCGAGUGGAGAUGCCAUACACGCCGUCUGGCUUUUUCUGCGACCGGUUGAUCCGGGAACGAGAAAGGAGAGACGGGGAAGGGUCCCUGAACAAGCCCAUCCGGUUCAACGGCCAGGACUACAACACCCUGAGACAGGACUACCUGCAGAGGAAGACUCUGUUUGAGGAUGAAGCUUUCCCCGCCACAGUGGAGUCUCUGGGCUUCAAGGAGCUCGGACACAAGUCCAACAAGGUCAAGAACAUCGUCUGGAAGAGGCCUAAGGAAAUCAGUGAAAACCCUGAGUUCAUUGUCGGAGGAGCGAGUAGGACAGACAUCUGUCAGGGAGAUCUUGGUGACUGCUGGUUGUUAGCCGCUAUUGCUUGUCUCACCCUGAAUGAGAAACUCCUCUAUCGAGUUGUUCCCCAGGAGCAAAGCUUCUCUGAGAAUUAUGCCGGCAUCUUUCACUUCCAGUUCUGGCGUUACGGUGACUGGGUCGACGUCGUCAUUGACGACCGCGUCCCGACUUUCAACAACCAGCUGGUCUUCACUAAGUCCGCCGAGAGAAACGAGUUCUGGAGUGCCCUGCUGGAGAAGGCCUACGCAAAGCUUCACGGCUCUUACGAGGCCCUGAAAGGCGGGAACACCACGGAAGCCAUGGAGGAUUUCACGGGAGGCGUCACCGAGUUUUACGAGAUGAAAGAUGCUCCAAAAGAGCUUUAUAAGAUCAUGAAGAAAGCCCUGGAGAGAGGCUCACUCAUGGGCUGCUCCAUUGAUUCUCUGGUUCCUGCUCGCUUUGAGACCCGCACAGUGACGGGACUAGUGAAGGGUCAUGCCUACUCCGUGACAGCGGUGGACGAGUGCAAACCCUCUCAGCACAAGGACAACAAAGUUCGUCUGGUGCGUCUCAGGAACCCAUGGGGUCAGGUGGAAUGGAACGGCCCCUGGAGUGACAACUCCAAAGAGUGGGCGAAUCUCUCUAAGGCUGACAAAGACAAACUGCAGCACCAAAGCGCAGAGGAUGGAGAGUUCUGGAUGUCAUUUGAGGACUUCAAGAAGAAUUACACUAAGAUUGAGAUCUGUAAUAUGACACCCGACGCCCUCGAGGACGACAAGAUCCACAAGUGGACGGUUUCUGUGAACGAGGGCCGCUGGGUGAGAGGCUGCUCCGCCGGAGGCUGCAGAAACUAUCCAGACACCUUCUGGACCAACCCUCAGUACCGCCUCCGCCUGCUGGAGGAGGACGACGACCCGGAUGACAACGAGGUGGUCUGCACCUUCGUGGUGUCCCUGAUGCAGAAGAACAGACGAAAAGAGCGAAAGAUGGGGGCCAACCUCUUCACCAUCGGAUUCGCCAUUUACGAGGUGCCAAAGGAGAUGCAUGGAAACAAGCAGCACAUGCAGAAGGACUUCUUCUUGGUCAACUCCUCCAAGGCCCGCUCCAGGUCCUACAUCAACCUGCGGGAGGUGACGCAGCGCUUCCGCCUGAGCCCCGGCGAGUACGUCAUCGUGCCUUCCACGUACGAGCCGCACCAGGAGGGGGAGUUCAUCCUGAGAGUCUUCUCCGAAAAGAGGAACACCUCAGAGGAGAUAGAGAACAGGAUCGAAGCGGACCGUCCAGUGGUAAGUCCGAGUUCGCUUCGCACCGUUUUGGGUUGGAACGACAACAUGUUUUUUUGUUGUUGUUUUUUUUUCUUAUCGCACCUCAUUUUACCCCGGCAGCCGGCUCCGGCCUCGGCGGGGGAAGAGAGCGAGGAGGACCAGCAGUUCCGGACUAUUUUUCAGGAGAUAGCCGGCGACGACAUGGAGAUCACAGCUAAUGAACUGAGAAACGUUCUCAACAGGGUGAUCACCACGCAUAAGGACCUGAACACGGAGGGCUUCAGCCUGGAGAGCUGCAGGAGCAUGAUUGCUCUGAUGGACAUGGACGGGACAGGUAGACUCAACCUGCAGGAGUUCAUACAUCUGUGGAAUAAGAUCAAGCAGUGGCAGGGAAUCUUCAAACAUUAUAACGCCGAUCAAACCGGCAGCAUCAACAGCUACGAGAUGAGGAACGCCGUCAACGAUGCAGGCUUCCGUCUCAACAACCAGCUGUAUGACAUCAUCACUAUGCGCUACGCGAACGAGAACAUGAACAUCGACUUCGACAGCUUCAUCAGCUGCCUGGUUCGGCUCGAAGCCAUGUUCAGGGCCUUCCAAGCAUUUGACCAGGAUGGAGAUGGAACCAUCAGACUCAGCGUCCUGGAGUGGCUCCAGUUGACCAUGUACGCCUAGACAGGCCCACCUUCUCCCAGGUGAACUCCACUCCACAUGAGGACCAGACCUGCCAGCCGUUACCUCAGUAUUCAUCGUGCCCGACCGCCGUUGGCUUUCAUCCACAUCCACCUCCAGAAGCUCCAAAGGACGUCUUCACCUCCACCGUUCUGUUUCCUCUGCCCUCGUCCUGCCACCAUCACAUCGGACUCUUUUUAGUUACAUUUUCUUUUUCUUUUUUUUUGGACAUCAUCACCUGUUGUACUGUUCUUUUUUCUCAGGCAGCCAACACAACCAACCUCUUUUUACUGUCACAAUACCUCACAGAGCCCUUCUCAUGCAUCAUGUUUUCUUAUACCAUUCAUCCCUCUGACCUGGGAUUAAUAUUUCUCAUAUUCAAUUUUAAUCAAGUGCUUUUUAAUCACUUAGUUUUGUCAGUAAAAAAUUUUUAUGAUCCACGUUGCAUACAGCUCUCUCCGUGUCAGAGAAACUCAGGCCUCCUCCGAUCCACCUCAGCAGGACUUCGCUCCCGCUGACUGUCUUUCAGUUUUUGAGCUCGAUUAAAAAUCAGAAAUAUGGAUUUGAAACAUUAUGGCAAAAGGGUUGAACUGCAGCUUUUUGUGAUUCAUCCCCCCCCCUACUUAUAAAGGCUUUGGUCAAUUGAGUGUACUACAUUUUUAAUCAUUUUAACCCAAUAAAUAAAUAUGUAGUUGUUGGUUUGACUGCUUUCCACCAUGUCUGAUUUGAAAAUAUCUUUAAAUGAAAACAGACCUUUUUUUUUUAUGUUGCACACAUUUUUUAUUAUUAACAUCUUAAGAUUGCACUUCUUUGAAAAAAAGAAAAGUUCUUCAGAACUUUGAUACCAAAUGAAAAUACUUGAAGAAACACAGGAAUGCCAGGUAAGAGGUGAACUGAACACUUAUAUAAAUAGAACAUCGUGCUGGUAAAAAUGGGUGGAAACUGCUUUUAAAAAUGCUGAUUUAUGCUACCGGUUACUUGGCUAUUGGCAUGUGAGAUGAAACUUUAUUCUUUGUUCUUCCGUCCAACACCUCCUCUUAACACCCUUCAGAUCCACACUCCAUGAGAAAACUACCACCGGUGUGGAAAAUAAAGCUCCCGUGCCUUCUGCUCAAUGCUGCGAUUCAAAACCAAAAUAAAAAUAAAAAACACAAAAAAAA